AUGGACAAGGAAAUGAGCAUCGAGACCGCCACCGCGGCUGGCGUUGGGGAUGCUGUCUUUCACAUCGAUCCCCACAAGGAGAAGAAGCUUUUAUUGAAGCUUGACACCUACCUUGCGCCCCUAAUGACGGUCAUCUUCCUGGCCGCCUAUCUAGAUCGAUCCAACAUUGGGAAUUCUGCGUCUGCUGGGAUGACUGACGACUUGAAUAUGACCAGCGAUCAACUUGGAAACGCUGUGACAUUGUUCUACGUGACAUACGUGUCAUUCGAAAUGCCCUGCUCGCUCCUGAUGAAGAAGCUACAUCCAGGAAGAAUGAUUCCCGCCCUGAUCUUCUGCUGGUCCAUCGUCACCAUCGGAACUGGCUUUAUCCACAACGCCGGACAAAUGUAUGCCUGUCGUCUACUCCUGGGCAUUUUUGAAUCAGGGAUGUUUCCCUGUUUAUGCCUCUACCUGAGCACCUUUUACCAACCUAAGGAGCAGGCGCUACGAGUGUCUUAUCUCCUAGUGUCCGCCGCGCUAUCCGGUGCGUUCGGAGGGUUGUUUGCAUACGCCAUUCUCAAGAUGGAUGGAGUCGCGGGGAUUGCAGGCUGGAGGUGGCUUUUCAUCAUCGAAGGCUGCGGUAGUAUAGUUGUAGCCGCCUUGACCUUCCUCUUGCUCCCAGACGACUUCGAAAGUGCACGCUUUCUAACCGAAGACGAUCGCAAGAUUAUGCGGACCCGCGCUGCCCUUAACGCCCAGUACAACGGCAAGCCUGACUUCGACUGGGCUGAGGUCGUCAACGCUUUCAAAGAUCCCAAGCUGUACAUCAGCUGCUGGAGCCAGUUCUGGGCUGAUAUCUGCUCGUUCGGGCUUUCGACCUUCCUGCCGUUGAUCAUCAGGUCUCUUGGCUUUGGGACCGUUAAGACCCAACUGCUCACGAUCCCGGUCUUCUUCUGGGCGUCCAUUGGUUUUCUGUCCGUGUCGUGGUUAUCGGAUCACUAUGCAAAGCGUGCUGCUUUCAUGAUCCCGUGUUGCUUGGUGACAGCCAUCGGGUAUGCCAUUAACUUGGGAACGCCUUCUUCCAACCAAGACGUUCAAUACUUUUCGACCUUUCUAAUUGCCCCUGGAAUCUAUGUUGUCCUUGGACUGAAUGCUGCCUGGUUGCUCAAUUGUCACGCAGGGUACUAUAAACGCGCAACGGCGGUAGGCAUGAACCAGUCCAUUGGGAAUGCCGCAGGUGUUGUGGUCGGCCAGAUUUUCAAGCAAACCGUUGACGGGAAGUACCUGAUGGGACUGAGUUUCUCCCUUGGAUCCAUAGUCCUGGCUGGAUGCGGGCAUGCCUCGCUGUAUUUCCUCCUGCGGCAUCACAAUAAGAAGAGAGAUGCCAUGAGCGAGGAGGAGAGGCAGUAUGAGAUCGAGUAUGGCAAGGGUGGUGACUUUCACCCUGACUUUCGCUAUGCGCUGUGA